UAUUAUUUGAAUUAGUUACAGAUUCUCGUCUAGUGGGUGUGCACGUGAUUUCUUCAUCGUCGGAAAAAACGAGGAUUUGUAAAUGUUGUGAAAUUUGAUUUUAAUGAAUUAAAAAGUCAGUCGAUGAAAGUGAUUUGUAACUAAAACAUACUUUUUUGUUAUAUUGUUUUCUUAAAUCAUGGCUCAUUCAUCGGGUUCGUCAAGCAGUAUGAAAAGUGGACUUAUAGAUUUUACUGCAGGGUCUUUAGGUGGAGUAGCAGUAGUCUAUGUAGGACAGCCUCUGGAUACAGUCAAAGUUAAAAUGCAAACGUUUCCACAUCUCUACAAGGGAAUGUAUGACUGCCUAAAACAAACUCUUAGGAAUGAUGGUGUUAUUAGAGGUCUAUAUGCAGGUACCACUCCAGCAAUAAUGGCAAAUGUGGCUGAAAACUCAGUAUUAUUUGCUGCCUAUGGAUACUGUCAAAAAUUUGUCUGUGGAAUAACAGGAGUUGAGAAAGUAGAACAGUUAUCAGCGCUUGGAAAUGCUUCAGCGGGUUUCCUAGCAGCAUUCUUUUCGUCAUUCACACUGUGCCCAACAGAACUGAUCAAAUGUCAACUACAAGCAAUGCGAGAAGUGAACGUGCAAGGUGCACAAACAGCUGUUAAGGUGACGCCUCUACAGCUUACUCAACAAAUAUUUAGGCAAUAUGGCAUUCAAGGACUAUUCCGAGGACUUGUCCCGACUAUCAUGCGGGAGAUGCCUGGAUACUUCUUCUUCUUUGGAGGAUAUGAAGGUACUAGAGAAUUAUUGAAGAAACCAGGACAAUCUAAAGACGACAUAGGCUUCGUUAGGACAAUGAUAGCGGGUGCGGUCGGCGGCCUUGUCCUCUGGACCGUAAUAUUCCCGACCGAUGUGAUAAAAUCGAGAGUACAAAUAUCAAAUAAAAGUCAGAAGUUCCUCACAGUUGGAUAUGAUAUUGUCAAGAAAGAAGGUGCUCUAGCUUUGUACAACGGACUGAAGCCAACGCUGGUGCGAACCAUCCCCGCGACAGCCGCGCUCUUCGUCGUCUACGAGUACUCGAAGAAAUGGAUGCACCAGUCCUUUGGAGACUAAAGAAAGCUUAUGUAAUAGGCAUAGAUAGAGAAAUUUAAACAUUUUUACAGCAGCGUUGUAUACUUAGGAAUAUCGCCCAUUUAAUAAAAUGUAUAUAUAGUAGCGACGUCAGUAAAAUGAAGUGAGAAUGUCAUUAUGAACGGGGUGUGCAAAAUCAACUAUAAUAAUUCCAUGUUGCAUUUGAAGUGACUAGAAAGCUUUAGAUCGACUUUUUAUUGUGUUACCAAUAAGUACUCUAUUUCUUUUACCUAAACAGGUAAAUAAUCAUGGUGUAAACAAAUGUAAAACAACAAUAAUGUUUACCAAAAUCAAAUAUCCACAGACCAAAACUAGUCGUUUAUUUACGAUGCUAUGAUUUAAAUUCUUGAUUAAGACAUUGUUUACCAUUUUUUGAGGACCUCAAGAAACGGAGUAGGUUAAUAUGUAUUUUACCGCAUUUAAAUCAGAUGAAAUAAACUGUUUACAAUUGCUACAAUGAGUAAUGAGUAACAAUAUUUUAAGACAUAUUUGGUCUUACGCAGCUGCUGCAAAAAAAAGGUUCUUUUAACAUUGCAGUGACAAAAUUAGUAUAAAGGCGUUUAUUUAAUAAUAUUAUUUAUUAGCAGUAUGCAACCCUGAUAAACCUUUAGAAUAAGGGUGUACUUGGGCCCUCCACCAGUCUGUAAAUAGAGCACAUUAGUUGGGCGAUAUCUCAGGGUCAAGUGGACUCGAAUUUGUUACAAGUACCUUAGAUAUACAAUAUUAUUAAAUGUUAUGAUUACAUUGU